CGUGAACUAUGUCCUGCACGAAGGCACGGCCAAUUCGAUGUUCGGAUUCAGCGUCGUUCUGCACCAGGAACAGCAGAGAAGCUGGGUCAUAAUCGGUGCGCCUACGGCCGACACGUCCGCCUAUCAGGAAGGUGUGGUUAACGGUGGCGCCGUCUACCGGUGCGACAUCUUCGUCGGCAACCGGUGCAAUCUGAUCCCGUUCGAUGCCAAAGGAAACUCGUUCAACGAUAAAAACGAACAGGUCGACACCAAAUCGAACCAAUGGUUCGGAGCAACCGUGGCAAGUGCCGGCGUGGAUGGACCUUUAGUGGCAUGUGCUCCACGAUACGUCUUUCAUCAGCUGCAACCCCGGAAGGUGGAACGAGUGGAACCGGUGGGAACGUGCUACAUUGCCCGGAACAAUAUGCAGCAGUUCGACGAAUAUUCGCCUUGCCGAACAAUGUACUGGGGUUAUCAUCGGCAAGGAUCAUGUCAGGCCGGUUUCAGUGCCUCGCUGACUAAGACUGGCGAUCGAGUGUUUGUGGGCGCACCCGGAAGCUACUAUUGGCAAGGUCAAAUCUACUCGUUCAGCUUGAACAACCCGCGGGACAAGGUGUACGCGACGGGCGAGAGCACCUCGUCGGAGGACGACUCCUAUCUGGGCUACUCGUCGGCGACGGGCGAUUUCAACGGCGACGGCACGAUGGGCGUUGCCGUCGGGAUGCCCCGAGGCGGUGGCCUGCUCGGCAAGGUACUGAUCUUCUCCUGGAACAUGACCAAUCAGCAGAACAUCACGGGCGAGCAGAUUGGGGCGUACUUUGGGUACUCGAUAGCCGUGGUCGAUGUCGACGGGGAUAAGCUGGAUGAUCUGAUCGUUGGGGCUCCGAUGUAUACGGAGCCGAACAAUGAGGGGAAGUAUGAAACCGGACGGGUUUACAUCAUCUAUCAGGAUAAGGUGAAUAAGUUCCAGGAGGUGGAAACGAGGGAUGGCGUUAAUUCGAAGGCGAGAUUCGGGCUUUCGGUUUGCUCGCUGGGGGAUAUCAACUUGGAUGGGUUUGGAGAUUUUGCCGUGGGUGCUCCCUACGAUGGACCGCAUGGACGGGGUGCGGUGUAUGUUUAUCACGGGUCGUCAACCGGACCGCUGCCGAAACCGUCGCAGGUUAUUCUGGCGGAGGAUAUUGCCGGGGUUUCCCGGAUUUCGACGUUCGGAUUUUCCGUGGCUGGUGGAGUUGAUCUUGAUGGGAACCAAUAUCCGGAUAUGGUGGUUGGAGCCUAUGAAGCGGAUAAGGCGUUGGUAUUUAAGUCCCGGCCGGUUGCGGUGAUGGAGGCUAGUACGUUGUUUGAAACGGAAAACAAACUCAUCUCACUGGAUGAUCUUAACUGUACUCUACGGGAUCGCAAACAGGUUCCCUGCACGAUGGUGAACUCCUGCAUGAAGUAUAACGGCAUCAACGUACCGCCAUCGCUGGACAUCGAGGUAUCGUGGAUGCUGGAUUCGAAAAAGUCACGCAAUCCGAGGUUGUUUUUCAUCAACGAAGAAGGAAGACACAUUCGCAACCAAUCGGUAAGGUUGUACCGAGGAAAGCUGGAGUGCAAGAGCGAACGGGUUUACAUUGCCGAGAAUAUUCGGGAUAAGAUUACUCCGCUGGAGGUGGAGAUGAAGUACAGUUUACGGCAGAGUAGCGCCAGUGCGCAGCGCGGGCGUCGGGCUACGGUUGAACCGGUGCUCGAUCAGAACCGGGGAACAGUUCAGAAGGAUUCGAUCAACAUUCAGAAGAACUGCGGACCGGACAACGUUUGCAUACCGGAUCUUCGCCUGGAGGUGAACAUGGUAGACGAGUACUUGCUUGGAUCUGCGAAACUACUGGGAGUUGAUGUUCUGAUAUCGAACUUCGGAGAAGACGCCUUCGAAGCUGGCUUCUACAUGUCCAUUCCACCGGAGUUGAACUUCCGACGGGUGGAGAAGGUUGGAGAAAUCAAAGACGUAACUGUUUUGUGUACUCCCCCUCCGGGGGCGACCAACGGUACGCUGAAGUGUGACAUUGGAAAUCCAUUGUCAAGUGGAAAGAUCGUCAAUUUUAAGCUACUGCUUUCCCCUUCGAUUAAGGUUGGAAUGGCUCCGAGCUACGACUUCUACAUGGAAGCCAACUCAACCAACCCGGAGUUGGAGGGAUCCCAUCUGGACAACAUUUUCGAAAAAAGCGUUGGAAUCGCUAUCAAAACCGAUCUUUCGAUAUCGGGAGUGUCCCGCCCGGAUAGUUUCCUAUACAAUUACACGGAAUACCGCACGCUAGAGGAAGCGGAAACGGAGCACCAUCUUGGUCCGCAGAUUGUUCACAUCUACGAAAUCCGCAACGAAGGACCGUCGACCAUUGACGAGGCGGAAUUCUUUGUCCUGUGGCCUCACGAAACGAACGAUGGUGAUCCACUGAUGUAUCUUCUAGUGCAACCGGAAACCAGUGGCAACAUCAAGUGCCAACAGAGCAGCUACGUCAACCCGCGUGAUUUGGCCAUCGAAAGCCCACGGAAAAGCUUCCUGGAAAAGGCAGGAGCCUCGUCCGGUGGUCACGGAAGCACUUCCCGAACGGAGUAUCGAACUUCCGGUGGUUCAUCUUCGGUUAGUUCAACCGGAUAUUCGCGCAGCGAAACUACGGCUGGAGGAUCCAGCUUCAGCAGCUACGGAACGUACGGUUCUAGUGCGGGCGGAUCAAGUUCAGCUUCCCGCGCCGGCGCUGAAGGCGCUGGAGCAACGCACGUGCAUCGUACACAAACCGUUCUAACCGACUCGGACAGACGUCGACUGGACGACGAAGAGAAUCAAGAAUCAACCGGGGAUGCUUCCUACGUGCAUCGACAGCGCGCGCAAAGUGCUGCUUCGCAGCAAGCACACUCCCAGUAUUCCGCUGCCGGUACUUCUGAUACUGCUGCUGCUGCUGCUGCCGGAGGCAGCGGUCAACGCUACGGAGCCCCCGGAGGUUCCACCGGAUCCUCCCAUCAGUAUUCGCACAGCAGCAGCUGGAAUUCGACCAGCAUCAAUGGCGGCCCAGCGGUAACGUACAGUGCCAGCCGCAACCGGACGGUCUACCGUGGCGAAGACGGACGCGUUCGGGUCACCGAAAGUAGCACCGAGCACUACGGCACCAAAUCGGUGGCGGCAUUCGCCGGCAUCGGCGCCAACGUCGACGGUCAGGUACUGCAAAAGGAGGACUUCAGCGACAUCUACCGGGAGGAGCAGAGCCGAAGCCGAACGGUGACCGGCGGCGGUGAUGCGGCUUCCUCAGGAGGAGGAGGUGGUGCGUCGUUCCGUGUGGGUGGUGCAUCCGGUGGAAGCGGUUACCGGCAAGGUUCGAGUUCCGGUUCGUCCUCAUCCUCUUCGUCAUCGUCCUCAACGUCUCACGUAUUAUCGUCCGGGUAUGGCAGCGCAUCGUCCUCCGGUCGCGGAUCGGAAAUCUACAAGAGUGAAUCUUCCCACACCGACGACGUCAACCAGGACAUCUCCCGGUUGAGUUCACGAACACACGCCCGGAUGCAGGGCAACAUCGCCGCAGGCGAAGAAUCCAGCGCAGCGGGUGGAGGAACCCGCCGUCGAAUGAAGAGCCAACAGGACGGCGAAGCCGCUCGGCCAGAUCUGAUCACGGGAAUGCCCGCUCUGGAGCGUGCAGCGCAAGGCCGCGAUGGGUUCCAAUCUGUUACGUUAAAUUUGGGAACACUCAAUCGCCAGAAUGUUGACGAUGAAAUCCGAAGGACCGGUGCCGGACGGACUGCUACUGCCGAAAGCGCUUCCACCACAGCAUCCCGAGAAGGCAGCACACAUGGAGGCCAAGCCUCCGGUCAGGAAGAGCGUCAGCAAUCGUCGUCGUCCUCGGCAACAUCUUCUAGUAGAUCACAGUCGAGCUCCUCGCACUGGUCCGGAUCGAGCACCAGCCAGCAGCAUGCUGCGGGUGGUGGUGGAGGAAGUCAGAGUGAAUACACGCAGCACCAUUCGAGUGCUGCCUACGGUGGAAUCCUCAACGAAGAAGAUGGUGAAGACUACGUUGACGAGUACGACGGAGAUAAUGACGAUGGUUAUGAUGAUCAGCACGGAUCCCAUGGAUCAUAUGGAGCGACUUAUCACAAUUCACGAUUGAACCCGAACCAAGGCCACGACAACAUCGAUCAACGGUUCAAACACUACCAGCACUUUGAUCGACGCCAGCGGCGUCAGGUCAUCGCGGUGGAAGACGAAAACGACCGCGCACUGAACGAGGCACUGCAGUGCCGCGCGACCCGCUGUGCCAUCAUACGCUGUUUGGCCGGUCCAAUCGGCGACAAGGACAUCGCCUACAUCGGGCUACGUGCGCGGGUGGUGGCACACACGUUGCACAAAAUAUCCGCCGGAACGGCGAUCAACUUUUCCACGAUGACGGUGGCUCGUGUCACCGGACUGCCGUACAUCGGCCGGCCGAAGGAAAUGCCACUGAAGACGAACGAAAUUCAGGUUGUCGCAACGCCGGAACCGACUCCGAAGCCGGACGUGAUUCCACUGUGGAUCGUCGUGCUGGCAGCCGUCGCCGGUACGAUCAUCCUGCUGCUGUUGAUCUAUCUGCUGUCGAAGUGUGGUUUCUUCAAGCGAAAUCGACCGACAGACUCGCAGGAGCGACAACCACUGAACCGGAACGGAAACUAUCACGGCGAUGAACACCUAUGAAAGAGUAACUGAAAUGAGAAGGUUCUAGUGAAAUGCCAAUUUCUGCUCGAAAACGAGAGAAAAUAAACGUAAAUCAAUCGAAACGCUUAGAAACUGAUCAACGGUAACGAACCAGCCGCCGCCAGAGGGUGCCGUAACUGUCGGACAGUUAGUUUGAUGAGAUUUUUCUCUGGUUUCCCAAGAGCAGAGCUUUAGUUUUUUUUUGCGCUGCCCAACAUCGAAUUGUAUUUUGACUUUUGUACAACUUAAGUAUAAUUUAUUGUCACCCCGGGGGCAGCAAACCGUAUUGAAUCUCAACUUUGCGCGCGAAUGUUCAAAACAAAAACGAGUUAAUUAAGGGGGAAAGCAUCUCCACAAAUCAUGCUUAACUGAUAAUAGAUGUACUAUUAAAACUUCACUGAUAGCGAAACCUGCCACCACUGAGUAGUAAAGCAAUACCCAACUAGACUUUCUGGUAGCAGCGUCCAGUCUCUCCAUCAUCGCUCAUUUUAACCUCACUGAUUCACUAACUUUUUGGAGAGCCACCUGGUGGUAAACUCCCGUAGUACUGACAUUUAACAGACACACGCACACACACACAAACCAUUCAUCAUCGCGAUGUUGCACGUUGAUUUUUAAGCAAGUUUCGGUCACCUGACCUGAUCAGUACAGGACAAAACUUGAGCUAACUAGUCAAUUGAAUUUGAAUUUGAGUUUGACCCCGCCACCACCACCGUGCUCCGGUCAACUCUGCCCGUCUCUCUUCGAUAGUGCAAUCAAAUUACACCUACGCAAUCGGAGCAGAACGAAUCAACGUCCGACUACCCAGCCCGAAAAGAAGCAAGUUCAGAUGCAAUAUUUACACGUUUUGAAAUUGACAACCGAACAAAAAAAAACAAGAGGAGAAAAAUCAAACUUUAAUAAUAGUUGCUAAGUCGAACAAGAAAAACAUGAGAACAAAAAGAUGCCUUAAAUAUUCUAGUUAUUUAUUGUUAGGAAAUUAUCUGAUUUUUAAUAAGGUAGCGAAGAGACGUGAAGAACUGUGCAGUCGUCGUCACUCCCAGUUCCAGGCCUUUCGUCGUUGUACAACAGGUGUACAACACAGGUUGAUGAAGAAUUUUGGUGCCAUUUCAGAAUGUGGGAAACUAUUUUAAAACGAAACGAACAAAAAAUCGUUGUAAGCUGUUGUUUUUUUUUCUCUACCUUCUACUCAAUGAUAUUUUGGAAUUAUUUUAGUGUCGCAAAAAAUACGACCAAAACUCGGUUAGUCGCUCCUAACCAACCAUCAUCAUAUAGUGUAUAGUAUCGUUCCGUGUAGAAAACCUGUAACAUACGUUUAGUCAUUUAACCUUUUCCUACUAUAUGAUACGUUAACUUGUACGAUACCAGUUUAUUCUGUUCGAGUCGAACACCAAAUUCUGCAAUUCGCUCUAGUUUCGUUCGAUUCAUUCAACCCUGCUGCAGAGGGUGAUCUUCAAGUUGACUGUGUAAAUAAUUUUUUAUUCUUUUGGAUAGCGAACCCAAA